CAUUAGUCUGCUACAACCAUGCUUCCCCCACAGCAGAUGCGCACACCCCAUCCUCAUUCACUUUCUCUACAAGCCGUUUGUCAAGAAUUUCUUGUGAUUGCUUUCUUAUUCUAAUUGGCUCACUGUCAUCCGUUCUCAUUGUCACACAACACAUCAAGUCCAGUACAGUAUCUUUACACAUCGUCUUAUCCGUAGCUUUCCCCAAAUAGCGACAUGGAACUGGAAGCUGUUGAAAAUCUGGAAGAUUACUGUGCAGCAUUUGUUUCUUGUGUGGUGCUGCAAGCUGUUCAGCGCUAUGUUCUGGUGGAAAUCAAACAAAGGUUGACCAGUAUUUCAAAUGACACAGUGACUGAUAAAUCUAAACUAGAUUUUGAAGAUUUAUUCCAGCCUUUACCAGAAUCAGAAUGGAUUCCCAAUGAUCAAAGCAACCAUUGGAGCGAGACCUCAAUUAAAACAAUGCAUGCAUGUCUGGAUAUCCAGCUGAUUAUUGAAUCUUGCCAGAGAGCUCUAGUUAGUAUUCAUAAGUCAUUGCUAAGUGGCAACAGAGAGGAUAUGCUGCAGAAUAAUUCCCAGGCGUUUUCUGUAGCCUUAAAAUCUAAACCUCAAGUAUUCCAACAUGAUGAUGGAUUUGUACAGUUCUGGGAUAAGUUAAAUGAGCUUACCCCUGAUUAUUUAAGAACUUUAUCAUUAAAUAAUCAAUCGUUGAUGCCAACAGCAGAUGGAAAACGGCGGAAAAUGAGUUCCUCCCGAAGAGUGAAUGCUAGAGAAUAUAUUGGCAGUUUGUUUAUUUCAUGUUUGCGCAGAAGGCCAAGGAUGGAAUCCCGUAAAGACGUGAAAUCUUUUUAAAAUAUCCUGUACCAUUACUGUUAUAAUCUCUUUGAAAUGAUAUUCAUUAAUAUCAAAUUAGCUCCUAAAACAUUUUCAUAACAAUUAUCAAUGUUGGUUGUUCUCAUUUUGUGCCAAAUUCUAGCAAAUAGUGUGACUAACAAAUUGGGUGUAAACAUGUCUUGUAGUCGGGUUGAAAGAAUGAACAAAUCAUUGUGAAUAAUUAUCUCCUGUAAGUUCAUUUAAAAAAAUAUUGUUGGUUAAUUAAGUAAAACUGUUUUAAAAGAAAGAUACUCUUAUAUAUAUAUAUAUAUAUGUGAAAUUGUUUCAAUAUUGUUUUAAAUAUUGGUCUGCAAAUUUGAAAUAUUAUGGUUUAAUACUUCUUUCUUUUAAAUUACCAGUGAGCUGUUUUUUUAUUUUAUUUUAUUUUAUUUUAUUUUUUUUUUACAUGGAGAUUAAUUAUUACUGUUAAUUAUAAAAAUAGCACAGUGAUGAUGGCUGGUAUAAUCACAUGAGAUACUUUGCUAUAACUAUUUCUGUACUUCACUGUGCUAGGCUGAAAUUCUGCCAAAGUCCACUUUUGCCAUUUAUCAAUUCAAGGUUAAUAUAAAACCAAAUUAUGACUCUCGUAGACUACUGGUUUGAGGAGUAGGGGAAGGUUUGUGACCCUAAAGAUUUUAUUUGUGUAGUAUAUAUUAAGUAAAUCAGCCUAGUAGAAUCCAUUUUGUCUAAUGUAUCCCUAUGCUGAAAUUUGAACUCAACAGUGGAAGCAUGUCGAUUAUACAGUGCUCUCCUUGAUUUUAGUAGUGUAUUGGACCAAUUCUUUAAUAUAUCAACUCUCAACCUUUGAACUUUGGGCUAACACUUCAUUGACUCACCUAACUGCAGCUCUACUCAAACUAAAUACUAGUCAUAUACUACUGUUGAUUCAGUAAGCUAAAUACA